CUGAAACCCACGCACGCCCAUCCCUGUCUUUGCAAUCUGAGAGACAGAGGAUGGGGAUAUUGUAUGGCAUGCUGGCCAGGGGCAACGUCGUGUUGGCGGAGUUCAGCGCCACGCCGACGAAUGCGAGUGCAAUAGCGAGGCAGAUUCUGGAGAGAGCGCAGCAGGGGAUCGAAGAUAGCAAUGCCUCCUACUCCCAUGAUCGCUACAUUUUUCACGUGAAAAGAACAGACGGCCUAACCGUUCUUUGCAUGACCGACAACGCCUUUGGACGGAGAAUCCCUUUUGCAUUUCUUGAAGAUAUUCAUCAAAAGUUUGUGAAGACUUAUGGCCGUGCUAUUCUUUCUGCUCCUGCUUAUGCUAUGAAUGAAGAAUUCUCAAGGAUCUUGAGCCAGGAGAUGGACCACUACUCAAAUGAUCCCAACACUGACAGGUUAAAUCGUUUGAAGGGUGAAAUGAGUCAGGUGCGAAGCGUGAUGAUUGACAAUAUUGAAAAAGUGUUGGACAGGGGAGACCGAUUGGCCUUGCUGGUUGAGAAAACUACCACUUUGCAAGGGGGCGCAGUUCGCUUCAAAAGGCAUUCACAUCGAUUCAAAAAUACUUUGUGGUGGAGAAAUGCCAAGCUCACGUGUUCCUUGGUAUUUGUUCUCUUGAUCAUCAUUUAUGUUGUGCUUGCAUUUCUCUGUCAUGGUCCCUUGCUGGCUUCUUGCUUGAAGUAAACAGAGCAAUUGCAGUAUGAGUGAUUUUGUAUGCCAUAUUUGUAGUCGUAGAUUUGUGGCCUAUUCUUUUAUAUUUGCUUUUGUAAUUUAUAUAUGCAAAACUAGGGGACCCAAUUUUCGCAUAUAGUACAGUUGUCCCUUCCAUCUAAGGGUACAAUUGCUUGUACAUGUCAUGA